AUGGGAAAUCAAAAUCAGAAGGAGAGACUUUUAAGAUACAUUGAUCAAGCGAAAGUAGAAAAACUUAAACAAAUCUUAAAAAUGUCACCUAAUUUACUUAAUAAAGAUCUUGCAUCAGAUAUCCUCCAAACUCCCUUAGUAAGAGCUGUUUGGAGAAAUGAUAUGAAUUUAGCUCAAAUAAUCUUAAAUGUACCACUGAUUCACCUUAUAAUUAGUUUGGUGCAAAUCCAAAUGAAGGAGGUUCCGCAAGUAUCACUCCUCUCAUGUGGGCUUAUAAAGAGACAAUAUAUAAUUAGUUUCUCUAUUAAUUUAAUCUGGAGCUGAUAUUAACAUUCGUUCAAACCAAGGAUUUUUCAGCGUUGGAUUAUUCUAUUUUACAUGGAAAUUAUCGACCAGCUCAUUUUCUUUUUGAAUUCAUAUAAUCAAUUCUCUAGUUCUCAUCUUAUUAUCAAUUUGCUUAAGAUAAUGAUUACAGAUAUGUAAAUUAUGAAAUUAUGAUAACUCAUUUAAAGUUAAAGACAGAAUACUAAUUCAUUCCGAAUAUCUAUGAAAAACCUAAAAAAAUAAUAAUUACUUGAU